AUGACCCUCUGGAUAUACAGUUUGCAAAGGAAAGUAAUAGUUAUGAAAGGAUUUUAUCUUAUAUUUACUGCCCUCUUCAUUCAGAAUGUUCCUUCCACUGCACAAGGUUAUUCAAAAACAUUAUACUUUAAAAUAACAAUCGAUAGUGGUGUUCCUGUUCCAGAUUACAUUGCAAAUGUUUCUUCAGCAUUGGUCAACUUCAGAUUUGGUGAUCUCAAUGCUACUACCAAUUGUAGUAGUGGAUACUGCCAAUGUGAACAAUAUUAUCAGUGGCAAGACCAGACAUGUGUAGGAGGGCAGGUUUGCAAUGUGUCAUCCAUUGAUUCUCCUCCUAGAUGCCAGUCUAUAUACAGAGUUCAUAUUUCAGGAACACUAAUUCUUAAUGAGAGCCCUGAAUAUCUUCAAAUACCAGCAAAGGUUAAUGAGUUCCAACAGAAAGCGAACGCUAUUCUCAAGCCAGUUUUCAGUUGUUUGCUUGGAUAUGAUGGUUUGAGUUUGGGUGCGCCCAGGUCUGGCAGCAUCAUUAUUCCUUUUGAUGUAUUUGUUAAUGAUGUUAGUGGACAGAUCAACUCCAAAUGGCUUAAUUCAGCAAUUAGCAUCUGCAAUUCUAACUGCUCAGUAUCCUUAAUUGUGACAGGACUUGCGAAACUCAACACAGCAAGAGAUAAAGUAAAAUACAGUGAAACUGUGAAUUUUACUUGUUUAUUUGAGCCCAAUUAUCAGGUGCAGUGGUUAAUAUCUGCUAACAACAACACAACACCAAUCGUGAGCGGCAGUAAUACAGUCUUAUCUAACGGGCCUUCUGGGACCUACAACCUCAUUGUUUCAUCAGCUAUUCAAAACUGGCAAGGAAACUAUACCUGCAAGUUUCAAGACAGUAAUAUAACCUACCUAGCCAGCACAUUCCUUCAGAUAGCCUUUUUGCCUGAAACAAUUAUUGGAUACAUGGAACCACAGUUUCCAGAUUGCAGAAAUCAAAAAAGUGAACAAGUUGUGACUGUGAUAUGCAACAUUACAAAUGAUUUCGAGCAAUACAACGUAACUUGGAACACAGACACAAAUGUUUCUAAUAUCUUGCCUGCGAACACCUUAGGCUCUGUCAUUUCCUACCAAAAUGUUGUUCUUUUGUCAUGUACAAAACCAUCAGAUUUAAAAUGUACUUUCACAAAUACAAUGAAUCAGUCUAAAAGUAUGGUCAUACCUGUUUUUGUAAUAUCUGAUUUAUCUGACUAUUGCAACGUUGACCAGAAUUGGCCACUAGCUUUAGCCAAUCAUGAUGCAGUCUUAUAUAAUUGUGAUUCAGGGAAAACAGGGAACAAGACACGACAUUGUGUAAGCAAAUACACCUGGGGGGAUGAGAUUGAGUUUUGCACUAGUGCAACAUUAAAUGAUAUUUAUAAACAAGUGCAGGUUCUCGUAUCAGGACAAGGAAUUUUCCAGGAUAAUAUUCCCAGUCUUGUGAAAAAUUUGUCUGUUACUAGCUCGACCACCAACUCGAUAAAGACUGUUACAGAUAUCGGAACAUCUGUGUUAAUUAUGCAUUCUGUAACUAAUGCUAGCAAUGCUAGUGAUUAUCGAUUUAAUGUAGGAGUAAUGCAAGUAAGAAACUCUUAAUUAUGAAAAAAUAGA